AUGUGCUAUCGUAUGUUAUCGUUAAAACGGUUGUGCGCUUGUGCAGGGCUUAUCAUCAAACGCCGGGUGAUCAUCUCGCUUGUCCUUAUCGAAUAUUUGAAUGGCACUCAUUCUAUGAAGCAAACUUCUUUGAUUCAGUCAUGGACACGCGCAUUCAAUCCGGCAGGUAGUCGUCGAAAAUGCACAAGCUCAGACAGUGAUCCACACCCUGUUUCUAAAGGUCACGAUCAUCAUUUAAACGAUGCUUUCGACUCAAAUAUUGAUGAUCGUGUUCUCGCCGAUGCCUUGGACGAGCUUGAUCCUUCCACUAAUCCCGCUGCGUCAACCACCGACACACCCCAGUUGGAGGAAGAAUCGGUUUCCAUCAAUCCAUCCGCUAUACAAGCGUUGCGGAAGCGAAAACCUUUAAUAUACCAACCCACUGCAAAUGACAGUGACCAGCUAGGGGGUUUCGACUUAGAUGCGGGACGCAUUUGGAUUUAUCCCACGAACGCAACGUUGCGUGAUUAUCAAUUCCACAUCGUGGAACAAUGUUUGUAUAGAAAUACCUUAGUUUGCCUGCCUACCGGUUUGGGUAAAACUUUCAUCGCCGCUGUGGUCAUGUACAAUUUCCUUCGUUGGUAUCCUACUGGAAAAUCAGUGUUUCUGGCACCGACACGACCUCUGGUUGCUCAACAAUUGUCUGCAUGUCUUCGUUUGACUUGUCUAUCGCCGAAUUCCAUGACUGAAUUGACGGGAUCUAUCCCUCAGUGUAAACGGCGCGAACUCUGGUCUCGGCUACGCGUGUUCUUUCUAACUCCUCAAGUUCUAACCAAUGACCUGGAAGCUGGUGUAUGUCCCGCCUCAGAUUUGCGCCUGAUAGUCUUUGACGAAGCACACAAGGCAACGGGGAAUCACGCCUACUGCCAAGUGCUGCGACUGCUCACUGGCCCGCCGUACUUGCAUCGCCAAUUCCGCAUUAUUGCCUUGUCGGCCACUCCUGCCGCAGAUAUCCGGGGCGUUCAAACAUUGAUAGCCAAUUUACUGAUUUCUCACCUGGAAGUGCGUACAGAAACAAGUGAAGAUUUGAAACAAUUCACGCAAACGCGUCAGCUCGAAACAGUUGUGGUACCAUUGGGUCCCGAGUUGCGUCGCUUCCAAAAUCAACUAAUAGCUUGCAUCCGAACGCCUAUUGAGCGCCUACAAAUGCGAGGUGCGUUCGUGUCUGCCACAGGUGACUUACGUCCAGAACGCUUGGCCAAAUACACCGUUAUAAAGGCCCGUGAGGAAUGGUCAAACAGUCAACAAGCUAGCGUGUUAUCUCCGAUCGAUGCAUCUUCUGUGCAGUGUGACUUCGGUUCGCUAAUCUGUUUGAUGCACGCAAUGGAACUGUUGGAACAACAUGGUUUACGUCCGCUAUACCAAUAUUUGGCUGGAGUGCUAACUGGUCAACGUGGCAGUCCUUCAGUUCGAGCGGGUUUGCUUNUCUCCCCGGUGUUUCUCAGCUCUGGUCCGAUCUCGCUAACCGGUAACGCAGAUCCCAACAGCCCCGAUAUCCCAACGCUUAACUCACGGAUCAAUGCGAAUAGCGGUGUUUCGCAACGUGAUCAGUUGCGAGUGAUGAGUGCUUUCCGUGAAGGUGUGUUUAACACCCUUGUGUCUACUUGUGUCGGUGAGGAGGGCUUAGAUGUUGGACAGGUAGAUCUUAUUGUCUGUUUCGAUGCAUUCAAAUCCCCUAUUCGACUGGUACAGCGUUUGGGACGUACCGGACGUCAGCGGUAUGGCCGCAUUGUGAUGCUGUUAACCGAAGGUAGAGAGGAGCGAAACCACCAAGUGAGUAUGGCUCGAACUACAUUGAUUCACAAGGCUUUAAUUGAAGGGGGAGCUCUAAACCGUUUGGCGUUCUAUCCACACAAUCCACGAAUGGUUCCUAUCGGUAUCACUCCUCUGGUUCACUUUCAAAACCUGAACUCUAUCCACUCCUUAUGCAAUGAAAGCUCAGACGACCAUCUAGUAAAGGAACAUUCAUCUAAACGGAAAUCCACACGUUCGUCGAAAAUGCGAAGAACUGCUAACGGCUUGAUUGAUUCUGUUCGUUCUCACGUGGAAGCUGUCGGAUUGGGGAAUCUGAAUUUGAAUCUGACACCCAUUGGCCCUGGCUCUCUUCUCUGUUUGGAUAACUCGACAACUACGGUGGCGAAACCGCGCUUCACAGACUUGUUCAACGUUACCUGUCCAAAGCGGUUGAAUGCAGCUUGUGAACAAUUGCAAGCGGCUAGAUCUGGUUCGGGCACUUUCGGGCCAGCAACUUCGACUCUGCAUCUGAUCUCCAUCCUACGAUUAUGCGAACUUCACCGUCGUGGUCUGACCCGUCUCUCGUACCAUGCCCUCGGCCUACGGUCAGUGGAUGUAGAAACACCUCUCUCGCGUUUGGUUGCCGAAUCUGAUCCGCCAGUCACUAACAGUCCAAAAACGCCUUCUCCAAUGGUCAUAAAAACCUCAACUGCAAAGGAAUCAGGCAGUUCUGAUUUAGUUGGGCAAGAUAAUCGCUCCACCGAAUUGAACACCAUUUCCUCAACCUUCACUUUCCCCCGCAUAAUUCGGGGUCUUGUUUCCAAUUCGUUUUUCUUCGACCAGAAUGUAGACCGGACAUGGGUUCGAAACAUGGAAAACACCGUUCUCCAUUUCCGAUCACUAUCCGAAAAUGAAAACGCUCGAAUCGACUUGCCUGGUUUACAGAAGGCAUGGACCCAACAUGAAGCUAACGUGGUUGACUGUUUGCUGCCAAUUUGCCGACAGGAACGGUGUUUGCCUUUAGUCACCCCCAUUGCUCCAAUAGACCAUUUAGAGCAAUGGGUUGGUGGGGGGCUAUUAGAAGCUAUUGCGAAUGCUUCCGACAAACCUGAUGGAGGAUGCCAGCCUCAUAUCGCCGCUUCCCAGGAUACUCCUAAGCGACCUUUUAUGAGUCCCAAAAGGAUCUUAGAUAGUGAACGAGCAUCGGCUUCCUUAUGCUUGAAAUCUCCUGUUGAUUUAACUGUUUCGAACAUUGUUGCCCGAAGCACUCCUUGUGUAAAACUCCAAAAUCAACAUAGCCGUUUGGUGCCAUCAAGUGUUGGAUUGGAGCGGAACACUAACACCCAGAUCAAGCUGGAGGAAGCUCUUGCUUUGCUAGAUCGCUCGACAAUUCGGCUGGAUGCUUCGACGCUGUUGUUGGAAGAUGACUUAGUGGAACCAGCUCCAAAUUUGACAGAACUGCGUAGUGUAGUAUUCCCGGGCACACGAUGUCUUUCUUCGUCCGACAAACUCCAGUUUGACACCAAACUUUCGCUGGGUGAGGAUUUUGGUGAAGAUCUGCUCAUCCAGUCUCAAAACAUUGAACCCACCGACCAUCAAUCCAACCAUGGACAGUCUCCCUUCUGUGGAUCACAAUCGCCCGAACACCUUUCGUCCUUUGAACUACCUUCCCAGAUAGCUUGGUCCCCAGUGGGCUUUGGAGAGACUACUCCGCGUGCGGUAGAAUCGGUUUCUAGUUCUGAUGAAUCAACACCAAUUGUGCCUCCAGUUCAUCUUUCUGCAAUCCCGACAAAUCUGGAUUCCCCCAUAGUCCCCCCGCGUCAUCGCGCAGAAAAUACCAAACGGGCACGUCAUCUUUUGCAAACACAACCGACUAAUCGUAGUUCGAGACGUCCGUUGUAUGUUUCCGGUCGUCAGUUCUUACUGACUCAAGCCAAUGAUGGAAGCCAUCCCGGCUUAGGGGACUCGGAAACUUUAUCCUCCGAUGGUUACGAGAACAGUUUCAUUGAUGACAGAUCGUCUCAGCUGGAUGUCAGUUCAGGUCAAACACUAUCAAGUGGUCUCGGCAAUUCUGAUAUGUUAUCGGUUUACCUGCGAACUACCCGAAGUCCCCUACGUAGUGCAUGCGUCCCGUUAAGUAAAUUAAUCCAGGGUCCCCAGCAUGUCAAAAACAGAACUCUUGCCUUGAACUCACGAUCCAUACAAUCCACGUCCACAAAAGAGGGUAGUCCAGAAAUUAGUGGUACUAUAUUCCACUGUUUGAAACCGAAAGAUCACCUGAUCUAUUCACAAACGCCAGAAGAUGACGAAUAUGAACUGGAUAGCUUCUUUGUAAAUAGUGAAGAAUCUACGCCGGCCACUUCCGAAGAUGAUUCACCGAGGCGGAAACCCACAAAACGCCGCCGAACUAUUCGCAGAUGA